AUGCCUCCAGCCCCUAAAUCUAUCAGAUUCAGAUCCCAGCUCGUCGAACCAUCUCCCAAACGCCAGAGGAUGAGCAGCGACACAUCCGAGUCCACGCUUGCUAGUGAUGAUCCCGUCGCCGCAGUCAUUGAUCCAGGUGCUUGUUGGGUUGCCUCGGAUGAUCUCUCCAGCAUGGUAUUCCAGACAGCCUACCUCCAGAGAAUCAUCAGCUCGUGGAACGGAUACGUUCCCCUGGUCUACGGUGAGACUCUCAUGAAGAGCUCUUUCAAGAAAUGUCAAGACACGGUCAACAGCCUUCGCAACACACUUGAGAGUCUGGAAGUCAAGGCUGCCAAAGAUGCUCAGUCUCCCAUGAAAGACUUCAUCGCUAGCUGGCACCGCAAGCUCGAAGACCAGCAAGUUAAAGACGAGAAAGAAGCUAAAUCGGCAGCGACCAUGGAGUUUCUCAUCCUGUCCGGUAUCGAGAAAAUCGUCAAUGCUGAAUUCUCGCGCUUGUGCAAUCUCGAUGAGGUCUUCUUCGACAUUACCUACAAGUCUUGGAAUGAGGAAGAGGGUGAAAAAGGAACAUUCAGACAUGCUAUCAAGAAAGCCCUGGAUAAAGAUCCGGAUCCGCUUGCAGACUUCGAGACCAAGGUCAAAAGGCACUUCAAGCGCGAAAUGCUCGACCGUGCUGCAAGUGACUUCAAGCGCGAAUUGCAAAAGCAGUAUGAAGAGUAUGGUGGAUGA